AUGUUCAUUCAAUCAAGACCUAAACGAUUAUUACUGGAUAAAAUAGGUGAAUUGGAAGAUGAUAUUGAAAGAAAUCCAAAUGAUUAUUUAAAAUGGAUUAAAUUAAUUGAACAAAUUAUAUUAAAAGAUAAUCAAGAACAAGUUAGAAAUGUAUUUGAUAAAUAUUUGAAAAUUUUCAAACAUGACGUAUGUUGUUGAAUUAUUGAAUUAUUGAUGCUAUGAGGUUUAUACAAUGAAGUUAUGAUGUCAUGAAGUUAUGAGGUUUUGGUUAAUCUUCGGGUUCUAUUGAAGAGAGAAACAAACAAUUGAGAUUGGGCUCGAUGCGCCAAAGCAUCUUGUUUUACAUUCAGCAAAGCUCAGACAUUACGGGCCAAUCUUGACGUCUUGCUCAAAGUAAGCGAAACUUAGAGGAGUUUAAGUCGAGUCAAGUUACGAUAUUUGAAAGUCAUAAUUAUUCUGGCCUUGGGCGAAAAUCCAAAAUCUAAGAGUUUAUAAUGGAAUUCGCCCAUUUGAUAUAUUUUAAUGUGUAUAUGUUAUAAUUUAUGAUAUCAUGAAUGACUUGCUUUACGAGUUGUUUACUUUUUUGUAUAAAUUUAGUAGUAGAGUCCUUCAAAAAUUUAAUACUAACAUUUUAUUUAGAGUUUUAAUUGGUGUAAAUAUAUCAAAUAUGAACUAAAUAGAGGUGAAAAGGAAAAAGUUGAAAGUUUAUUUGAAAGAGUUUUUAAAAUCACUGAUUCUGUUGAAAUUUGUCGUUUAUAUGUUGAUUAUGUUAGGUCUGUUACUGAUUUCAUUACUGGUGGUGAUAAAGCUAGAGGUACAGUAAUUCAAGCAUUUGAAUUUGCUAUUAGUAAAGUUGGUUUAGAUAUAAAUUCUGAUUUAUUAUGGUUAGAUUACAUUGGAUUUUUAAAAUCUUGGACUCCAAAAGCAAAUUGGGAACAACAACAAAAGAUAGAUUUGAUUAGAAAAGUUUAUAGGAAAUUCUUAGUCAUACCUACUGAAUCUAUUGAAAUUUCAUGGAGUCAAUAUACAAAAUGGGAGAAUGAAUUAAAUACAUCAACGGCACAAAAAUUUAUUAGUGAAAAAUCUGCAGAAUUUAUGUUGGCAAGAUCUUGGGUUACCGAAUGGCAUAAUUUAACCAACAAAAAACUAAAGAGAAAUUUACAAGUAUUCAAAAAUGAUGAAGAUAAUUUAAAAGCUCAGAUUAAGUAUUGGAAAAACUGGAUUGAGUUGGAAAAGAAGAACAAUUUAGAAUUAAAAGAUGAUUUUUUAUUAGAAACUAGAAUAAAAUAUGCUUAUAAACAGUCAACUUAUCUGUUACCAUUUAUACCUCAAAUGUAUUUUGAAUACAUAAAAUAUUUAAUAACUUUAAAUCCAGAAGGCAAUUUGAAUGAAUGUAUUUCAAUUUUAAAUGAUGGUUUAUUAUUAAAUCCUAAAAGUUUAUUACUCUCUUUUCAAUUAGCUGAAUUAUAUGAGAAUGAUAAUAAUUUUGAAAAAGCAAAAGGAAUAUUUAAUAAUUUAAUUAGAGAAUUAACUAAAGAUUAUGAAGAGACAAGUAAAAAUCUAGAAGAAUUAAAUGAACGAAUAAAACCAAAUGAAAAAGAAAAUGACGAGAAUAAUGAUAACGACAGUGAUGAAGAAAUAAAGGAAGCUACUCCUAAUAUACCUGGUUUACCUCCAAAACCGAAUUUACCACCAAAGCCAAAUUUACCAGCAGUACCAACCUUACAACAAUUAACAUCAAAUACUGAAUCUAAUGGAAAUAAUAACGGAACAACAAUAUCCUUAUAUAGAAUUUCAUCUUCUGAUGAAAAAUUAUUAAACAAAUUAGAAAAUGAUGAAAAAAAUUUAAAAGAUGCAAUUACUCUAAGUUACGUUAAAUAUAUGAUUGCAAGCAAAAGAGUAGAGGGUAUUAAAGAAGCAAGAAAUAUUUUUAAAUUGGCAAGAAAAUUUGAUUCAAUAGGGUAUCAAAUCUUUGUUAACGCUGCAUUAAUUGAACAUUAUUCAGAUAACAAAAAAACUGCAUUAAAAGUUUUUGAUUUAGGUAAGAAAAGUCAUUCAACAGAUGGGAAAUUUCUCUUGGAAUAUUUAAAUUAUUUAAUUUUGAUUAAUGAUACUGAUUCAGCUAGAAAUAUAAUACAAAGUUCAGAUACAAAUUUAUCAAAAGAAAUUUCGCAAUUGACUGAAGCAUUGAAUUUAGGGAAUUUUGAUCCAAUUGUAAAGUCAAAGAAGGAGACGGAAUUAAAAUUGAAAAAAUCAUAUUUGAAAAAAUUAUAUAAAACGUAUAUUUCAUUUUCAUCAAAUUAUUUAUCAUUAGAUAUAACUAAUAGUUUUGCAAGAAAAUGUGAACAAUUAUUUCCAGAAGAUGAUCCGAUUGAUUUAUUUACAGACAGAUAUAGAUUAAAUAACUUAAACUUGAUUAAAAAAUUAGAAUUGGGUACUGAUGGAGUUGAUAUAUCAGAUUUAGCUGAAGAUUAUUUACCAAUGUUGAAAAAAAGACGAAUUGAAUCAUUUACUCAAGAAGAAACAAAUAAAACUGUACAAAAUAUUCAAGAAACAUCAUCUAAAAUUGAACAACAAAUUAUGGAAGAACAACAACCACAAAAUUCAAUUGAACAAAAUAUAGUUGGACCUUCAAUUAUUGCAUUAAUGGGAGCAUUACCUAAUGCUUCAUAUUUUGGCUUACCUUCAAAAAGUGUAUUUAAUAGUGAAAAAUUGGUCACUUUAUUUGCAAAUCUACCAAAUAUACCGUAA